AUGUCAAAAUUGGCAGUAGAAGAUGAGACGGCGUGUACAGCAGCAAAGAAAUUCACGGACUUAUUUUACGAUGCCGUUGAUCGAAAACGAAAUAAGAUGAAUUUCUUGUACACUGAUGGAGCCAUGCUUGUUUGGAAUGGUAACGCCUUACGGGGAGUGGAAAUUAUCGCCAAGUUCUAUGAUAGCUUGCCGAAUUCUACCCACACGUUGGAAUCACUAGAUUGCCAAUAUAUCGAUAGUUCUGAUCAAGCGCGUCCGUUGGUGGUCCUUGCAGUUGGGAAAGUUGUUCUUGGUCAAAUGACACAUGCUUUUACGCAAACACUAGUUUUGACAUUAGAGGAUGAAAAAUAUAAAAUAUUGAGCGACCGAUUCCGCUUCGUUGAUUGA